GUCCACGAUAAAAACACAACAUUUUCCCAAACAAUACCACUCCGCCCAAAUACCUUUCUUCUCUUCCUCCCAACUCUACAAACACAGAGAAAACAAAAAUGGCUCAAAUGAGCCUAUUCAUCUUCCAAUAGCUUUUUCUUCAAACCCCCAAAAAAAUAAAAAAAAAAUGAAGUAAAUGAAAACCCCAACCAUCCCUCUUCUUCACAGAAGAAGAAGAUGGCUCAUUAUCACAAUCAAAAGCUUCCAUUUUUAUUAGAUUCUUUGUAUUGCAAAGAUGAAACCUUUCAAGAUUUUGAAGUAAAUCCCAAAUCAAUUUCUUUGUUAAAUCAAGAUUUGAUAUGGGGAAAAGAGGAAUUUGACUCUUUGUUGUCUAAAGAACAAGAAAAUCAAAUGUAUAAUCUUGUAAUAAACAACCCAUUUUUGUCUGUAUUUAGAAACGAAGCAAUUGAAUGGAUUCUUGAAGCUGUUGGUUUUCACAAUUUCUCUGCUCAAACUGCAAUUCUUGCUGUAAACUACCUUGAUAGGUUUCUUUUUAGCUUACAAUCACAAAGUGAGAAGCCAUGGAUGAAACAACUUGCUGCUGUGACUUGUCUUUCUUUAGCUGCAAAAAUUGAGGAGACCCAAGUCCCUUUACUUCUAAAUCUUCAAUUGGAGGAAUCAAGUUACUUGUUUGAGCCAAGAACAAUUCAGAAAAUGGAGCUAUUGGUACUUAGUACACUCAAGUGGAAGAUGAAUCCAGUAACCCCAUUUUCAUUUCUUGAUUACUUCUCAAGAAGGCUUGGAUUAAAUGACCACAUUUGCUAUGAACUUCUUAGGAGAUGUGAGAGGGUGCUUUUAUCCACCAUUACUGAUUGUAGAUUCAUGUGUCAUCUUCCUUCUGCUAUGGCUGCUGCUACAAUGUUACAUGUUAUUGAUAAGCUAGAGCCUUGCAUUGGAGAAGAGUACCAAGAACAACUUUUGGGCAUUCUUGGAAUAGUCAAGGACAAUGUGACAGAUUGUUAUAAGCUAGUCCAGGAGGUGGCUUCCAACAUUGAUUUCUACUCAAACAAACGCAAAUUUGGUGCAUUGCCAGGAAGCCCCUUAGGAGUUCUGGAUGUGUCAUUCAGUUCUGAUAGCUCCAAUGACUCAUGGGCGGUGGCUGCAUCCGUUUCUUCUUCUCCUGAGCCAUCGUCAAAAAAGACUAGAACACACGAGAAGGAAAAAUGAUGUUGCAUCUGGCACGAGAUGGUGGAAGUAGUCGAGUAGACAAUGUAGCUACCAGUUCCCUUAAACUCAAUCAGUGGAUUCUCAAAAUUUGUCUAUGAAUUAGUUGCUGGUAUUUUAUUAAAUGGAAAUCAAAUGUUUAUGAACAGAGUUGAAAAUAAUUUCAUGUCAAUUCUUCUUUGUAUUACUUCAUUAUCCAGGGGCCAUAUAAAUUGAAUUUUUUAAACUCUUUUUUCUGCUACUAUUUUCAACACAAGGCCAGGGACUUGUGUGUGAGGAAAAUAUGAUACUAAGGGAAAGGGUGUAUUUUGUUCUCAUUGUGGGAAAUAGUAGUGGAGUUACAAUUUUUAAUUUACAAAUUUUGAA